AUGCGUGAAGAAUUGUUCGUUGAAGGACUGUCGGUCCUGCUGCACUGGCUACCCCCUUUGACCGGCCUGUACAUUCUUUAUUUGCUGCUAGAACCAUGGUACUUUUCGCCGCUCAAGGAGAUACCUGGGCCAUGGUUUGCCGCCUACACUAAAUGGUGGAUGGUCUACAAGACCGUCUGUGGAGAGCGUGCCAUGACCAUCCACAAGCUACACGUACAAUAUGGCAAAUGCGUCAGAAUUGGGCCGAAAGAGGUUUCUACAGUCGAUUCAGAAGCCAUUGUGCCCAUAUACGGUGCCGGCUCAAAGUUCGUAAAGACCGAGUUCUAUACAUACCAGCUUCGAGGAGUUCCAGAGCUGUUCACCAUGUCCAACCAAAAACAGCACAUGGCUCGAAGAAGACUUAUGGCACAUCUCUUUUCAAUGUCAACCAUGAAGGACUACGAGCUCGUGAUAUCGGAGCAUGUAUCUCGAUGCAUGAACUUGAUUGCCGCUCAAGGCUGUCACAACAAGCCCAGCAAUCUCUACGAUUGGUUUCACUAUCUGGCCAUGGACGUCAUCUGCGACCUUUCGUUUGGUAUGACCUUCAACAUGUUGGAGGAAGGCGUCAAUAGCACCUAUAUCCAGGACAUGUACCAGUCGCUCGAGAUCGAGCCCGUACGCUACCACUUUGGCUGGCUCAACCGUUAUGCUGCCUGGGCACCCCUGAAAUGGGUUCGGGACGCUGAAGCCUGCAGCAUUCGGUCAAUGCAAAAGGGCAUCAAGAUUGUGCGCGAGUACAAGGAGAAUCCGACCAAGAAACGGGCGAAAGACAUGCUUCGCAAGCUGAUGGAUGCCCAAGACGAAGACGGUCGGUCACUUCCGGAAGAACAGCUCAACAUUGAAGCCACGGGGCUGAUCCUGGCCGGCUCACACACGACAUCGUCCUCCUUGACCUGGAUUGUUUGGCGCCUGUUGACAAGUCCCCACAUCCUCGACAGGCUCAUUGUAGAGCUGGAUAGCUCUCUAGUCGGCUAUGACAAGACAGCCGUGCCCCUUCAUGCCGACCUCGAACACUUGCCUAUGCUCAAUGCCAUUAUCAAAGAGGGUCUCAGGAUUGAUACGGCGGUCCCAGGAUCGACUCCACGCUACGUACCACACCCGGGAGCCCAAAUUGGUGAUUAUUACUUCCCUGGAGGUACGACCGUCAGUGUUCAGGCUUACAGCGCCCAUCGAGAUCCGGUCACGUUUCCUCAGCCUGAUAAGUUCAAGCCAGAUCGUUGGUUUUCGGAAACGCCUGAAAUGCGUCGCAUGUACAUCCCGUUCGGAGCCGAGGGGCCUCGAAAGUGCAUCGGGAUCCAUCUUGCUUACAUGGAACUGAGAAUCAUAUUGGCAAGUCUCUUCCACCGCUUCAGUCUCACUCUUAUUGAUCGCGACGAUGAGAAAAUGAAGAUGCAUGAGCUUUGGUUGGCUGCCCCUUGUGGACAAACAUUGAUUGUCCACGCAAAGGAGCGAAGUUCAAUUUGA